GAUAAGAAUUUUAAUCGCCACUUUGGCUAUGGUAAUCAUUAUUGUUCAUUCGAAUGUUGAUUAUGCAAUGAACACUACAACAACAACAACAACAACAGCAACGAAAACAUUGAAGAUGAUAAAGUUAAUGUCAAUUGAAGAAGAUAUUCUACAAUCCUGUCUACAUCAAUCGAUGGCAAUGAUGGUAAAUAAAACUGUGGAUAAUGAAAAACAACGUUGCCAUUGUAUUGGUAUAUUGAUGCUUAAAUGUAUUGACAAUAUUUGUGCCAAUAAUGAAACAUUACAACUUUAUCUUAACAUUUGUAAUGAACCAUAUGAUUAUGGAAAAAAAUUAAAUUGUCAACCAUUGCGCAAUGAAACAUGGAUAGAUGAGCUGUCAACGAAAUUUUGUCUUCAUCGGUCAAUACCUGAUUCAAGUACAUUGCUGAUAAUAGUUGUUAUUUGUCUAUUAUCAUCAUUUGGAUGUUCAUCAUUGACUAUUCUUUGUAUUGCAAGUUGUGUUAAAUUUCCAAAACGUAUCAAAUGGUGUUAAACACAUAUACACACCACAUAUAGAGUUUCCUGUUUAUUUUUUUAUUUUCACA